UACUCCAAUUUUGAUGCUCCGUUUAUGGAUCUGCGAGAUCCACCAUCUUCUUCUUCUUCCUCCUUUUUGCCAACAAAUGUUGUUAUGAUCUCUAUAUGUGAACAGAAUCUGUAAUUUCUUCUCCUCGGAUUCAGAUCCAUUGUUGAGUUUCACAGAGAAAGCCAAAAAGAUGUAUAUGGCUUACGGAUGGCCGCAGGUGAUCCCGCUUUUAGCGGGAUCAUGUCCGUCUUCGCAGCGAGUCGUGUACCUUAAGCUCGCAGGUCGGCUAUUGCUUGUUGUUUCUCCGUCUCAUUUAGAGCUUUGGGGAUCUUCUCAGCAACGAGUGAGGUUGGGAAAGUAUAUGAGAGAUGAGAAGUCGGUGCGAGAAGAAGGAGAGAAUUUGCAUGCUGUGUGGAGUCCUGACUCUAAAUUGAUUGCUGUUCUUACAUCAUCAUUCUUCCUACAUAUAUAUAAAAUAAAAUUUACGGAUAAACGAGUAAAACCAGGAGAGAGACAACCGUCGGAGUUGUGUUUUGCAACCAUAUCUCUUUUGCUAAGUGAGCAGGUCCCAUUUGCUGGGAAGGACUUGUCUGUGAGCAAUUUUGUGAGGGACAGCAAAACUAUGCUUUUGGGACUCUCUGAUGGAUGUUUAUAUAGUAUUUCCUGGAAAGGAGAGUUUGGUGGAGCUUUCAGUAUUGGGUUCCAUUCUUCUGAUAGCAACAAUGAUAGACUCUUGUCCUACACUUUUGGUAAUGGGCUAGUUUCUGGAGUAGCUUCGGAAACACUUGCAUCUGUUGAUGAUUUCUCUACAAAAUCGGCUAUUGUUCAGCUGGAACUCUGCACUCGUUCGAAAUUAUUGUUUGUGUUGAAUUCUGAUGGGCAGCUAGUAGUAUGCUCUGUGAAUAAGAAAGGUUUAAAGUACACUGAGAGCAUUAAAGCUGAGAAGAAGUUGGGUGGUGAUGUUGUUUGUGCAUCAGUGGCUUCAGAGCAACAAAUUCUUGCUGUAGGUACAAGAAAAGGGUUGGUGGAAUUAUAUGAUCUGUCACAAUCGAUCUCUCUCUUACGAACAGUUUCUUUGCAUGACUGGGGUUAUUCAGCGGAUUACACUGGGCCUGUCAGUAACAUUGCAUGGACGCCUGAUAAUUCUGCUUUUGCAGUUGGGUGGAAGUUGAGAGGACUUGCAGUUUGGUCUGUUUCUGGAUGUAGAUUGAUGUCAACUGUCCGCCAAAUUGGACUGAGUUCUACAUCUUCCCCUAAAAUUAACCCAAAACAAGACAGUAAAUACGAACCACUGAUGAAUGGUACUUCAGCCAUCCAGUGGGAUGAAUAUGGAUAUAGACUAUUUGCUACAGAGGAGGCAUCAUGUGAUAGAAUUCUUGCAUUUUCCUUUGGAAAGUGUUGCUUAAAUAGAGGAGUUUCAGGAAAAACUUAUGUUCGUCAGGUAAUGUAUGGUGAUGAUAGACUACUCAUGGUUCAGGCGGAGGACACUGACGAACUUAAGCUUUUACAUCUAAAACUUCCAGUUUCUUAUAUUACCCAAAAUUGGCCUGUUCAACACGUGGCAGCUAGCGAGGAUGGGAAAUACUUGGCGGUUGCUGGUUUACAUGGCCUGAUUUUGUAUGACGUUAGGUUUAAGAAGUGGAGGGUAUUUGGAGAUGUCAGUCAAGAGCAACAGAUUCAUUGCAAGGGUUUGUUAUGGCUGGGGAAGAUUGUCGUAAUCUGUAACUACAUCGAAGCUUCUGAUACAUAUGAACUGCUUUUCUAUCCAAGAUAUCACCUUGAUCAGAGCUCUUUACUUUGUCGAAAAGUGCUGCUUGGCAAACCAAUGGUGAUGGAUGUUUACCAGGAUUAUAUACUCGUAUCUUAUCUUCCGUUUAUCAUCCACGUCUACCAUGUGAAGAUAUAUGGUGAAUUGACACCUUCAAGCAAAGCAGAUCUACAGCUUUCCACAGUAAGAGAGUUGUCCAUCAUGACUGCAAAGAGCCAUCCAGCAGCAAUACGAUUUGUUCCUGACCAGCAUCCGAGAGAAUUGAUUAAAUGA